AUGACAGUGAAGACAGUUUUGGUGGAUGACUCAGAUGAGGAUCCAGAUUACACCCCUGGCCGUGACAAAAAGAACAAGUUAGCCUUAUUUUUGAACAAUGCAGCGAGCUCCAGUGAUGUCACAGAUGAAGACGAAGAGAACAUCCCUUCAACGUCUACAGCCACAAAAAAGAAGAUUCCAAAAAAACCAGCACCUGCUUGGAAUGAAGUGAAUCCAGAUAACAGUGAGAAACCUUCUCCGCCAAUGCUAGAAUUAAGUAACGAACAUGUACUUCAGUCUCCAGUUGACUACUUCAAAGAUUUUUUUGACAAUGACCUUUUAACUUUGAUUGCUACUCAGUCAAACUUGUAUAGUGUCCAAAAAAAUUCCGAAUAA